ACUGCUAGAAUGAUAAUUUCGCAGCUGGCAACUCCACAUCCGGCGUUCUGUCUUUCUCGUUUCAACUUGCAAAAUGACUGGCAUCACGGGCAAACGGAUGGUCAUUGAUGGCCGCAACCACCUGGUUGGCCGUCUCGCCUCUGUUGUGGCGAAAUACCUGCUGCAGGGCGGAAAGGUCGUUGUCGUCCGAUGUGAGGAGUUGAAUCAAUCCGGACACUUCUACAGAAACAAGGUAAAAUACUUGUCAUACUUGCGCAAACGCUGCAAUGUAAACCCAGCUCGUGGUCCGUACCACUUUAGAGCUCCUUCCCGGAUGUUCUACAAGGCAGUUAGAGGCAUGGUGCCGCAUAAGACCAAGCGCGGCCAGCAGGCCCUGAAGCGCCUCAAGGUGUUCGAGGGCAUCCCGCCGGCGUACAGCAAGAAGAAGACGGUGUGCGUGCCCAUCGCCAUGCGCAUCCUCUGCCUCCGCUCUGACCGUAAGUACUGCAGCCUGGGACGCCUGGCCCAUGAGGUGGGCUGGCAGUACUUGGACGUGAUCAAGAAUCUGGAGGCCAAGAGGAAGGCCAAGGCGCUGGUGGCCAAUGUGCAGAAGAGGAAACUCCAGAAGCUCACCCUGAAGGCGCGCGAAGUGAUCGCCCCGCGAGCGAAGGAGCACAAUGAAGUCAUUAAGUCCUAUGGCUACAACUGAGAUCCUCAAUUUGAAGAGCGCCACUGAAUAAACCGAUGCGGAAAAGAA